CAACCAACCCAAGUUCUUCUCUUCGCUUUGUCGCCCGUCGUUAAUUUCUUUCUAGUUCACGUUCACGUGCGGCGUUCUUUCUGCUAAUUUAGUUCUUUUCAAGUUUCAACGGAAAUAUUCUAGCGGCUAGCUAGAAUUUCAUUUUCGCACACUCUGCUGUAAGAAUCCAUCAAAAUAGUGGGGAUGAAGCGGUUUUCUGAAAACAACAUGGGAGGGCCUUUCAAGCGCUCUCGUAUGGGGGACGAAGUGGAAGUUCGACUCCUCAUACCAAGCAAGGUCGCUGGGUCUAUCAUUGGCAAAGGAGGGAAGAAUAUAUCAAGACUGCGGUCAGAUUUCAAAGCUUCAGUUACUGUCCCCGAUUGCCCUGGCCCCGAACGCAUUUUGACAGUGAGCGCAUCAGAUGUUGAGACUGUGAUCAAAGUCAUUCAGGAAGUGAUUCCAAAUCUUGAAGAUACAAGAAGCAAGGGAGGAGAAGAUGCGGACAUCAGGAUGCUGGUACAUCAGAGCCAAGCAGGCUGUAUCAUCGGCAAGGGCGGACUCAAAGUCAAAGAACUCAGAGAGAAAACCGGUGCCAGAAUCAAGAUCUACACUUCUUGUUGUCCACAAAGCACUGACCGUGUUGUUCAGAUCACCGGCCGAGGAAACUCUGUAGAUUGUGUUCAAGAGAUGGUGGCACUCCUCAGAACUGUUGCAGUGAAGGGUACAGACAGUCCCUACGACCCCAUCAACUUUGAUGAUGUCUACGCUGAUGACUACGGUGGUUACGGUGGUUCUAUGGGAGGUCGCGGAGGUGGUAUGGGCAGAGACCUAGGUGGUCCACCCAUGAGCCGAGACAUGGGCGGCAGGGACAUGGGACGUGGCAGACCUGCACCCUUCGGUGGCCCACCAGCCAGAGGUCCGGGGAUGGGCGGUCCUCCACCAAGAGGUGGUUUUGGCGGAGGCGGUGGUGGAUUUGGAGGUGGUGGAGGAACUAGAAACAAUUUUGACGGACCCCCACCGGGCAUGGGGAGGGGGGGAAUGAACAGAUCGAGAAACGCUGGUCCCGGACCAAGAUCCAAUGGUCCUUUGGAUUUUGGCGAUGGUGUUCCUACGAAAUCACAAGUAACCAUUCCAAUCGACCUGGCAGGGGCUAUAAUAGGCAAGGGCGGAGUCAGAAUUCAGAAAAUCCGUUCGGAGGCCGGCGCCGGUAUAACAAUUGAGGAGCCGCUCCCCGGUGCGACGGACCGGGUUAUAACCAUAACCGGUCUGCCGGACCAGAUAAAGAUGGCACAAUACCUUCUACAGCAAAGUGUACACCAAAACACCAAGAAAUUCCAAGACGACAGGUAUUGAUCUCCUACAAGACUCAGCCAACUUCCCACCUAAGUUUAAGUUAAAUAUGAUUCAGCAGGAAAUGAUUAGUUUGCAUUACACAUAGCUCGAGGCCUGUUAAGAAUUUAUUUUUUUACUUCUGUGACAUAAUGUACAAAAAAGGUAAAUUUGUUGUACACUUUGCUCUUGAUUGUUGUUAUCUUUUAUAACUUAAAACAUUCAAAUGAUAGAUUUAGUUUUAAGAUGUGUAUUUCUACAAUUGUGUUUACUCUAUGUAAACAAUAUUUUACAGUUUGGACAUUAUUUGCAUUUUAUUGCUGUCUUCCUAAGACUACUGAUCACUUACCUCACAUUUUUAUAGAUUCAUAACUUGUGUAAUGUGUGAAAAGUAAAUAUGUUGUAUUUAAUAAACCUGUAUUGCUCAUUAA